AUGGCAACGGGCGGCGCGUCACGUGGGCUCCGCCGCCGCUUCCGCUUGCCCUCUCACCCCAAGCUGGCGGCGCCCGUGGGACCGGGGAAGGCUUGCACGGAGGGUCCUGGUGUCAGUGUCUCAGAGGAGAGACAGAGUCCUACUGAGAGUAGUGGCAUAACUGUCAUCUAUAAUCCUUAUGCUUCCCUUUCUAUUGAACAACAAAGACAAAAACUGCCGGUUUUUAAGCUAAGAAAUCACAUACUUUAUCUAGUGGAGAAUUAUCAAACUCUGGUGAUUGUUGGGGAAACAGGUUGUGGGAAAUCAACGCAGAUUCCACAAUACCUAGCAGAAGCUGGCUGGACAGCUGAAGGAAGAGUUGUUGGAGUGACACAGCCUCGUCGGGUUGCUGCUGUUUCAGUUGCAGGCCGAGUUGCGGAUGAAAGAGGUGCAGUGUUGGGUCAUGAAGUUGGAUAUUGUAUUCGGUUUGACGAUUGCACAGAUCCUCAGGCUACCAGAAUUAAGUUUCUAACUGAUGGUAUGCUGGUGAGGGAGAUGAUGGCUGAUCCCUUAUUAACAAGAUACAGUGUCCUCAUGCUGGACGAAGCCCAUGAAAGGACUCUUUAUACAGAUAUUGCCAUUGGCUUACUAAAAAAGGUUCAAAAGAAGCGUGGGGAUCUUCGACUGAUUGUGGCUUCAGCCACCUUGGAUGCAGAGAAAUUCAGGGAUUUCUUCAAUCAAAACGAUACCGGUGACCCCAGCAAAGAUACCAGUGUGAUCCUUACUGUUGAGGGGAGAACAUUUCCAGUGGACAUCUUUUACAUACAGAGUCCUGUUCCAGACUAUAUAAAAUCAACUGUGGAAACUGCCAUGAAAAUUCACCAGAUGGAGAAUGAUGGGGAUAUACUGGCAUUUUUAACUGGCCAGGAGGAAGUGGAGACUGUUGUUUCUAUGCUCAUAGAACAGGCUCGGGCCCUUUCUCGCACUGGAAUGAAAAAACACCUCCGUGUUCUCCCCAUGUAUGCUGGGCUGCCGUCUCCUGAGCAAAUGAAAGUGUUUGAGAGAGUUUCCCACAGUGUCAGGAAGGUGAUAGUAGCCACCAACAUUGCUGAGACCUCCAUCACAAUUCACGGCAUUUCAUUCGUAAUUGAUUGUGGUUUUGUGAAGCUGCGGGCCUAUAACCCCAAAACAGCCAUCGAAUGCCUUGUGGUGGUACCAGUAUCAAAAGCUUCAGCUAAUCAGAGAGCAGGGCUGAGAGUUGGAACUCAGUCCCAAAUUGCUUUGUUUUCUCCCACAACAGAGGAGGACUUCGAGAAGCUGCCAAAGUCCACUGUUCCUGAGAUGCAGCGCAGUAACCUUGCACCCGUCAUCUUGCAGCUGAAGGCUUUGGGAAUCGACAAUGUGCUCAGGUUCCCCUUUCUUUCGCCACCUCCUGCACAGUCAAUGGUGCAAGCUUUAGAAUUGCUGUAUGCUUUAGGAGGUUUGGAUAUGCACUGCCGUUUAACAGAGCCUCUUGGAAUGAGAAUAGCAGAGUUUCCUUUGAAUCCUAUGUUUGCAAAGAUGCUUCUGGAAUCAGGAAAUUUUGGCUGCUCCCAGGAGAUUUUGACAAUUGCUGCCAUGAUGCAGAUUCAAAACAUUUUUGUGAUCCCUCCAAAUCAAAAAGCUCAGGCUGCGAGGCAACACAGAAAGUUUGCUGUGGAAGAAGGUGAUCAUCUCACUAUGCUUAAUGUUUAUGAAGCCUUUGUCAAACACAGCAAGAGCUCUCAGUGGUGUCAGGAACACUUUCUGAACUACAAAGGGCUUGUUAGAGCUUCUGUUGUAAGAGAGCAGCUGAAAAAGCUUCUCGUCCGCUUUAAAGUGCCAAAGAAGUCCAGUGAAGGUGAUCCAGAUCCUGUUUUGAGAUGCAUAGUUUCCGGAUUCUUUGCUAACGCAGCUAAAUUCCACUCUACUGGAGCUUACAGGACUAUCCGUGAUGACCAUGAACUUCAUAUCCACCCCACUUCAGUGCUGUAUGCAGAGAAACCUCCACGCUGGGUAGUCUACAAUGAAGUCAUACAGACUGCUAAAUACUACAUGAGAGAUGUGACUGCUGUUGAAUCUGCAUGGCUCUUGGAACUGGCCCCUCAUUUUUACCAGCAAGGAACGCAUCUUUCCUUGAAAGCCAAAAGGGCUAAAGUAGAUGACCACUGAUUUGACAUGACAUAAGUCUUGCGACAUCAGAUGCAGAACCUACCAGUGAUUCAAACUGGCUACAGUCCAUUCAGCAGUCAGUUCAUUAGCAAUUUGAUCUUACAUCAACUUAAACAUUUAAAUGCCUGCCAGGAUCUGUAGGGGUUUAUGCAUGACCAGUACAUUGUAAACCUAUGUAGAGCUUGCAUUGUGGACAUUUUAUUCUUUGCCUACUUGAGCACUGUUGUUAAUCUGGGCAUGUUGCUCCUUUUAAAUAGGUAG